CACAGCCAGAAAUAUCUAUAUAUAUAUAACAUAAGUUCCCAAGAGUUGCAGUUAUUUUCUUACAAUGGUUUCUUUAAAGCCAUCAUGUGAACCAAAGAAAGAUAUGAAAAAAAUAGCAAUAAUUGGGGCUGGCAUCAGCGGCCUUGUUGCAUGUAAACACAUGAUUGAGAAGGGAUUUAACCCUGUGAUUUUCGAGUCAAGAAAUAACAUCGGUGGAGUUUGGUCGAGCACCAUAGAUUCAACUAAGCUGCAAACUCCAAAGGAUUAUUUCCAAUUCUCGGACUUUCCAUGGCCCGAACACGUGUCACAAAAGUUUCCGGACCACAACCAAGUCAUGGACUAUUUAACAUCUUAUGUUCUCCAUUUCAAUAUCUUCCCACGAAUUAAAUUCAGUUCCAAGGUUAUCGGAAUUGAUUAUGUCUCAUCAAGUGAUGAUGAAAAUAUGUUUUCUUGGGAUUUAUGGGGUGGCAGUGGAGAGGCCUUUUCUUCUACUGGAAAAUGGAAUGUUGUUGUUCACAAUGUUUUGCAACCUGUCAACUCCCCAAAGGUAUAUCAAGUGGACUUUGUGAUUCUUUGCAUUGGGAAGUAUAGUGAUGUCCCAAAUAUCCCGGAUUUUCCGAUUAGCAAAGGAGCUAAUAGGUUUACGGGAGACGUUAUACAUUCUAUGGAUUAUGCUCAAAUGGACAAACUUAGAGCAAUGAAAUUUGUGGAAAACAAGAGAGUGACUGUUGUUGGUUUCCAGAAAUCGGCACUUGAUAUUGCAGCAGAAAUCGCCAAGAAUAAUGGUGUUACAAAUCCAUGCACAUUACUCUUCAGGAGAGUGCACUGGUCUAGUUCUGAGAAUUUGGUUAGAUUUACAUUCAGAAACUUAAAUCGAUUUUCGGAGCUUAUGGUUCACAAGCCUGGUGAAGGACUAAUUCUGUGGUUCCUUGCCGUUUUACUUUCGCCUCUGCGGUGGAUUUUUUCGAAAUUAGUGGAAUUGUACCUGAAAUGCGCUUACCCGUUGAGAAAAUACGGUAUGGUGCCAGAGCACAGUUUCAUAAAACAAAUCCAUUCUUGUAUGUUGAUGGUCUUGCCACGACAGUUUUACAAGAGGGUGAGAGAAGGGAGCCUCAUACUAAAGAAAUCGCGCGUUUUGGGAUUUUACGAAAAGGGCCUCAUUUUGGAUUUGGAUUCGGAAUCGGCCCAUCUGGAGACGGACGUUGUUAUUUUCGCAACGGGUUACAAGAGUGAUGAGAAGAUAUCAAACAUGUUCACAUCAGUCGAGUUCAAAAAUUUUAUUUUAGGUUCAACUGCUCCUUUCUACAGGGAAUGCAUUCAUCCAAGAAUCCCACAACUAGCAAUCAUGGGUUAUUCGGAGGGCCCUUCAGCAUUGUUCACGGUCGAGAUGCAAAGCAAGUGGAUUGCGCAUUUUUUGGCGGGAAAAGUAGCCAAGUUGCCUCCCAUAAAGGAAAUGGAAGAAAAUGUGAAAGAAUGGGAGAAGAAUGCGCGUCUUAACGGAGUUUACAAGAGGGCCUGCGUUGGUGCAAUGCUGCAAAUACACUGCAAUGAUCAGCUGUGCAUUGAUAUGGGAAUUAAUCCAAGAAGAAAAAAAUCCAUUUUUUCUCACUUGUUUUCUUCCUGCUGUCCCUCGGAUUAUGCGACUAUUUGAAAUCCAUUUCCAAAUUACCCAACUCUGCCAACAUACAUUGCCAUUGUAAUGGAAAGUAAUAAAUGAAUGAUUUCAAAAUUAUAUCUGCAAAUUCGUUCAUUCAUUCAUCUACCCUCCAAUGUACAUUAAGUUGACUUUUUUCCUUUCUACUUACGGAGAACUAACACCAAUCAAUAUACAAACAAAAAUAGAAAUUUUAAACAAGUCAUCAAACAGGUGUUGACUAUAUCAAGUAUCACUAAUACGAAUCCCACGAAUCUCGUUCGAUGCACC